AUGUCCGUGGCAACAACUGCCAUUUACACAAACAGCUCCAGGUUCAUUACAGAGACGCCAAAGCCACAGUCUACUCCAAAUGUGUUUCUAUUUUGUCUGACACUGACUCUGACCCUUAUCGUCCUUGCAGGCAGUAUUUACUCAUUGGUGUCCUUGCUGAAGAUAAAGAGCAAGUCUACUCUGUCUGUGCUUGUGACCUCCUUGUCUGUGGACGACUUACUGAGUGUGGUACCUGCCUCGAUCUUCAUGCUGAAACAAUGGACGAACAAUCCGUUAUCCCAGCCCCUGUGCACUGCUGCUGCCUUCAUCUACCUGUUUCAGGGGGUAUCCAGUAACUUAAAGGCAUCUAUCAUUAUUUCCUAUAACUUCUGUACAUCUGCCAAACUGGGAGAAUACAAAACUGAAAAUAUCCCUAUGAAAAUGUUAUGGACAAUUCUAAGCACAUGGCUUGUUAGUUUGUUGAUAAGCGUGCUGCCUUUUUGUGGUUGGGGAGCAUUUGAUGCCACCUCCUGGGGAUGCCUUAUAGACUGCAGUAGCUCUUACGUGCUGUUUCUGUUUGCUUUGUACUCCAUCUGCUUCUGUGUUCUGACAGUCUUCUCUGUUCCCCUAACCCACCAGUUGCUUUGUUCGGACAGCCGAGAACAGCUACUUUAUUUGAACUACAAAGAUAUCGCUAAAGGUUAUCUAACCCCCAGUACACCUCUGGGCAGCAAUGACUCGUCUGUGUCCCCUGGUAAUCCUGCCAGCAAAACCUUGAAGAAUUUCAAUGAGAAUUGUGUGAGCUCAGAGGCUGUGUGCAAGAGGAGCCUGGGCGAUGAUCAGCACGGUAUACACAGCCUGAGAGGGAGCAGGAGCAUGACAGUAUUGUAUGCUCAGAAGCGAUUCUCUCUCAUUCUUGCUUUGACUAAAGUAUUUCUGUGGCUUCCAAUCAUGGUAAAGAAUUAUUCUUUAAUAAUGAAAUAUGUUGCCUGUGUUAACUUGAAGGGGUGUUCUGUUUUAAACCAUGCGUACAUCCCUCAUAUAGAUCUUUUUGUGUAG